CAAUAAUGUGUCAUAUUGCAUAUUUACCUUUGUUAUUUACGUUGAACCACGCAUACACAAAAAGUUAUAUUAAAUACAAUUAAUUACCAUUUAGUAAGUUUUAAUUAUGUCUAGUUUUCAUAAAUCAUCACUGUCCUGUUCAAGUAUAAAUGGAACAAAGUUAAAAAAUAACCUCUCUUAUGUGUCUAGUGGUAUACCAUCAUUAGAUUUUGUUAUUGGUGGCGGUUUACCGACUAGUGGUCUCUUUCUUGUAGAGGAAGACUAUCUAGGAAGUUAUAGUAGAGUUCUUACAAAAUACUUUCUCGCCGAAGGCGUUGUAUGUAAACAUGAUUUAUUUAUUGCUUCUGCUGAUGAAAAUCCUGAAGAAAUCGUAAAAGAAUUACCCCAAGUUUGUACACUGCCUUCUGAUGAUAAAGUGAAAGAUGCAUCACCUGGUAAUAUGAAAAUUGCUUGGAGAUAUGAGGGACUUGGUCAAGUGGAAUCAUCAUUUGGUAGCAAUACAAACUUUGGUCACCACUUUGAUCUGAGUAGACACAUUGCCAUUGAUAUAAUUAACAAAUGUAAUAUUACUUACUGUCAUUUGACACACAAUGAAAGUAAAAUAAAUUCUUUUAAGAAUGAUCUCUAUCAUACUCUUUUGUUGAAGAUCAAGAAAACAUUAUUAAAAGAAGAAUAUAGAACUAAUAGUAAAAAUAAAAAUGUUCUCCGUAUAAGCAUUCAAUCACUAGGAUCCCCUAUAUGGAUGUCAAUGGAUUGUGAUGAUGAAUCUCACAGUACCUAUGGCCAAGAUCUUAUUAAAUUUUUAUACUGUUUAAGAGUAUUACUCAGAAAUACCAAUGCCGUGGCGUUUAUUACAAUUCCUUCACACUUGUUUGAUGAUGAUCGCAUCAUGAAGAGGCUUCUAUACUCAGCGGAUAAUGCCGUAAGAAUAGAAUCAUUUGCUGGAUCUAGUAAAGAGACUAAUCCAGUAUACAGUGAAUAUCAUGGACUGUUUCAUAUAACAAAGCUAUCUGCUGUUUAUUCCCUCGUGCCUUAUGUACCUCCAAGUUUAGAUCUAGCCUUCAAAUUGAGAAGGAAGAAGUUUGUCAUAGAAAAACUGCAUUUGCCACCAGAACUUCAAGAAUCAAGUGAGCGAGAGCAGGAUGAUAUAACAGCAGUGCCUAAAACAUGUGGUGGAUUUAAGAAAAAAGAUAUAGACUUUUAAAACCUUAUUACAAAUUAAUUUUGUUAUUUAAUAAAUAUUUUUAUA